UCAUCAAGUGAACUUCAUCUGAAGCAGGCUUCCUGCAGAAUGCCGGUUAGAUGCAUGUAUUUUCAGUGCAAGACUGAGGUGUGUAAAUCUAAGAAGUCACUGUUUCGUUUCCCUGUCAAUAAUCCAAAGCGUUUAGAAGAAUGGAUUCAAAACUGUGGUAAUCCCCGCAUAGCAAAAUAUUCAAAAGAUGCCCUCAAGGCUAAAUAUAUCUGCAUUGAUCAUUUUGAACAGAAGUUCAUUAGAAAUGAAGGAGGGCAACGUAAGAGAUUGAGCAAAGACGCUGUGCCUAUACCUUAUGAAUGGGAUGCAUCGAAGCUGUUCACUGAUCUACCUGCGGCACCCACAACCCAAGAAUAUCAGACCAGUAGCAGCGGAGGUCGCUAUAGAAAAGUUCCGGCCAACACUGAAGACUUGUGCUUGUUCCAAGACUGCACAUUGGCUGAAGAAGCCUCUGAACCGGGUUUGUUAGCAGACCCAGGCUCAGACCAUCACCAGUUCCAGGUGCAGGUGCCCUUGAGGUUCUACACGAAACAAACAAAAACAGACAGGACUACAGAUGUGAACGACGUGGAAGUCGUCCAGAGUCCCCAGUGCGCGGAGUGCCUCAAACCGAUGAAAGGGUGA